UGGUGCGCAUGCCCAGAGCGAUGACGGCGGAGGCCCCGAGCUAUGGCGCCGAUGAGUUAGUGGCGGCCCCAAGGAAAGGGCGAAGAUAGGCGGCGGAGGAGCUAUGUCCCGGGCGGAGCGGGGUCCGGGAGGGGAGUGCCUCGAGGAGGAGGAGGACGACGAGGCCCUGCAGGAAGAGGACCAUGACAUCGACCAGUUCAACGAGGACACGUUCGGAUCCGGGGCGGUGGAGGACUGGGAGGAGCAGGCGGAUGGCCUGGGCGAGGAAGGGGGCCGUGACCCCGGGGACGACCUGCUGGGGGCCAGCGACCUGGCGGAGAGCAUCAGCCGGCUGGUGGUGGACAGCGAGCUGGAGGACCCUGCCGUCAUGGGGGCCGUGCCCUCCAACACCGCACAGCGGGUCCCUCAGCUCCACCCCAGCAUGUGGGAAGGCCCCGCCAUGUUCCGGGGCAUGGGAAGCUCCUUCUUCUCCCACCUGGAGGGCAGCCGAAUACUGUCCGGGUCGAAGGACUCCGUCCUGCCCAGGCGCCCAGCGGUGGGCGCGGGCCCCGAGAGGGAUCUGUCGGACCGGGCGCCCCCCCCGAGGUCCUCGUCCCCGGUGAUCGGCUCCCCGCCGGUGCGGACUGCACCGAUCGGCACCCCGCCCAAGCAGCAUGCCGUCCUCCCCCUCGGGCAGCAGCCCUCCAUCCUGUGCCCGACCCCCAUCCACGUACGAGCUCCAAUCCACCAGCGGUUUUCCGCACCCUUCGUCGACCGGCGGUCUCCAACGCAGCUCCUCAACGUCAUGGCCGGCAGGAUGUCUCCCAGCCUUCCGGGCCGAGGCCCCUCGUUGCCGGGGGCGACGCUGUCGGCCCUGCAGGCCGGCCUGCUCCCGGGCCGCGGGGGAGUUCUGAUCCAGCCGCCCGCUGGCUUCCGGCCCUUCUUCACCGGGGCGGCGGCCGGACGACUCCAGGAGCUCAGGUCCACACAGCCGAUCGCUCGAGCCGACACCACCCACCUCCACCCUCAGCACCGCCGCCUCCUGACCCAGAGGUUCCAGACGCAGGGCGCCAGAGGCCUCCACCGGGGUCAGGGCGGCCCCGGAGGGGACCGGCUCGGACGGGGCUGCUACCCGGAGCCCAGGGACCCAUACAGCAACCUAAUGAGCCAGCGGGAGAAGGACUGGGUCAGCAAGAUCCAGAUGAUGCAGCUGCAGAGCGCCGACCCCUCCCUCGACGAUUACUACUACCAGAAUUACUUCGAGCGGCUGGAGCGGCAGCAGACGGAGGGGGACGUGGGCGGCGAGGCGCCGAGGAAGGAGAGGACCCGCCUCAUCACGCCACAGCUGGCCCGGCUGGAGCACACCUACCGCCCAGUGCAGUUCGAGGGCUCCCUGGGGAAGCUGACUGUCUCUAGCGUCAACAACCCUCGCAAGAUGAUCGACGCUGUGGUGACGACGCGCGGUGAUGAUGACGAGACGAAGGAGAAGCAGGUUCGCGACAGGAGGAGGCAAACGCUCCACACCAUCGAGAAGACGUACAGCCUGCUGCUGGAGGUGAAGGACCUGGAGCGGAAGUUCGUGCAGGUGUCGGAGUCCGAGCGCCCCUCCCUCCUCGAGCUCCGCAAGCUCAAGAUCGACCAGAUCUACGAGAACCUGCGCGGCAGGCAGACCUGUGCGUCUACCAGGCUGAGCGACGAGCACUUUGUACAGAUCAUGUGUAUCCGCAAGGGGAAGCGGCUGACCGCCCGGGCCCUGGGCCUGCUGGGCACCGAGGAGGCCGCCAGCCUGCUCCAGGCCACCGCCCGCAACCUACCGCUGCUGGCCAAGAAGGACUCCCAGGACGAGAUCUUGCCCUCGUUGACGGAGCCCUGCACCCGGCUGAUCGGCCGCCUGCCCUCCGGCGCUCUGACGGAACUGCUGCGGCAGCUGACCGAGGGCCCGGGCAGCCAUUUUGCCGCCGUCCUGCAGAAUAAGUUCGGUGUGACCCUCUUCUACAUGAUCCUGAGUCAGGGCGAACGGCUGCAGAGCUCGGCUGCCGACAGCCAGCUGAUGGAGGACAACAGGUGGACGGAGCUGGUGUUUGCAGUGACGCGGGAGCUUCUGAAAAUGCCUCAGGCCUGUCUGGCCACCCCGUCCGUCACCCCUGGCAACCUGCUGGCCCUGUUCUCCCACUACGUGGACAGGCAGCGGCUCGGCCUGCUGGAGGCCAAGUUACAACUCUCAGUCAACCCUCGGUAGAGGAAGUCGGCGGCUGGGUGGGGGACUCUGCGGCCUCUGCACGGAUCCCGGUGACACCGGACAGGAGUCUCCCCGGCCACGGCGGCAAUCUCUCUCUCCCCCCACCCCCCCCCCCAUCAACACCGGAUGAAGAGGUGUACCCGGCGACGACGGGCCGAGGUCUCCCGCGGCGACAUGUCUCCCUGGCGACGGUGGGCGGGGGUUCUCCACCGGUGACCUGCGUGCCCACUGGGAGGGGGGGGGGCCAGAUGCGUCACCCCGGCAACGGCAGCGGAUAAACUUCCCGCUGCGCAGUUUGCUUCAGGAGCACCGAUGGGGGUGGGGGGUGAUUGCUCAUUCACGUCAAACGUUCCCUUCACCCCCCCCCCCGCAAACACCCGGCCACGUAUCUCUUCCCCUCUUUUUUUAAACACCCCCCCCCCCACCCCAUUGUCCCUGUCGGUGUUGGUCGUCCUGGUAUCCUCUCUCUGGCUCUCCCCCCAGCCUGGUACCACCUCUCCCCCCAGUACAUCCAGCCGCCUGUUUCCGACGCGAGCCCGCCGCCCCCCCCGCCCCCGCGGUGGGUACAGAUCCUAUUUUGAGUAGACUGGCUUUAUACGUGCCUGCACUGGCCAGGGGGAGGCUCCAAUACCCACCCCUCCCCGGCCGUGAGUCUCUCUCCCUCUCUCUGUCCUCACCCACCCCCCCCCCGCGCUGACCUGUGUGUGUGAGGUGACAUUAGUUAUACCUGGGGCGAUAUUUGCUAUGCCCUCAAACGCACACACCCCUUGCUGGUCUGUUCCUCUUCUUCCCCCGGUCCAUGCCUCUCCCCCACCCCCCCCACCCUCGCCCGUUCCUGACACCUUCCUCCGUCCCUGACCCCCUCCUCCCUGGCCUGUUCCUGAUGCCCUCCUCCCUUGCCCGUCCCUGACGCCCCUCCCUCACCAGUCCCCCCCCUCCCUCGCCUGUCCCCGACUCCUCCCUUCGUCCGUCCCUGACCCCCUCCCUUCGUCCGUCCCUGACCCCUUCCCUUCGUCCGUCCCUGACCCCCUCCUCCCUGGCCUGUUCCUGACGCCCUCCUCCCUCGCCCGUCCCUGACCCCCUCCCCCACUGACUGCCCCCUAUGACUCCCCCUUGCCCCUCUUGCCCCUCCCUUCCCUCGACCCCAGUCACAGGGGAACUUGUCUGCACACUAUUAAAUAAUGUUUUGCUUUUUACAAAAUGUAAUCUAGUUAAAUGUUUUUAAACGCCAGAAUUAAUUUCUUUUUUUCUCUUUUUUUUUGUUGCUUUCAUUAAAAACGAACUAUUCUUUUUGGGCGUGCUGCCUUCUUUCUA